AUGAGUUCGGCACAGUCUCAGCCCAACGUGGCACCUCUUAUAGCCAUCGUAGGAGGUGGUCUGGCUGGCUUGACUCUUUCCAUCGGUCUAUCCCGGCACAACAUCACCCACAAGAUAUAUGAAUCGGCCCUCGCAUUUUCAGAGAUCGGAGCUGGAAUCGCCCUGGGACCAAACAGUGUCAGGGCACUGGAGCUGAUAGACCCGGCCAUCACUGUCGGAUUCAACAAGUGUGUGACGUAUAACGAAGGCGUGGGGACCGAUGAACAUGGCAAUGGGAUCGGGGAAGGACGAAAUGAGUGGUUGGAUAUCCGAGUUGGGAUGGCGGACGGUUUCCAUGACCUGAUCACCACGGUCACACAUACCGGCUGCACCAAGCCAGGGCGGGCGUGUUUCCAUCGAGCCAAGUUCCUGGACGAGCUGAUCAAGUUGAUACCGCCAUCAACCACGCAGUUUGGUAAAACACUCCAGUCAAUCGAAACCGCCAAAGACCAAGAGGAACCUCUGGCUCUUCGUUUCGCAGACGGCACCACUGCCACUGCAUCGGCCGUCAUUGCGUGUGAUGGGAUCAAAUCGGGGGUCCGCAAGUCAUAUAUCCUGGGCGACGAUGCCGAUUCUCAUCAGCCGGCGGGCCGGCCUCAGUUCACCCAGGAGUAUGCCUAUCGAGGCAUGUACACUCGAGACCAAUUUAUCGACCUGACCAAAGGUAGCAUCAGUCCAGGUAAAGGGACUCUCUUCUGUGGAGAUCACGGAUAUGUGGUCAUGUACCCGGUGGAAAAGGGCCAGUUUGUGAACAUGGUGGCCGUCAAGCGAGUGCAUGACUCUGACCACAUUGGGAUUGGGGCCGGGGAACCUGUCACCAGCACCGACAAGGCUAAGGCUUUCGUGCCCCCCGACGAAAACGACUCGAACUGGGUGCAGCCCGUGGAUCCGGACACGGCUGUGGCUGAUUUCUCAGAUUGGGGCGAGCCGAUCCGCACCCUGCUUUCCCAGAUCCGACGGCCAGAACGAUGGGCUCUGUAUGACCAUUUGCCCGCACCGACCUAUGUCAAAGGCAGAGUGGUCAUCCUGGGUGACUCUGCACAUGCCUCUACACCGCACCAAGGUCAAGGCGCCGGGAUGGCCUUCGAGGAUGCACUUGUCCUAAGUGGCAUCCUGGGGAAGAUGCUCGAGAACGGUUGCGGAGGACACAAGUCCGAGGCUACUGCCACCACCACUACAAAGAUCGAAGCCUGCUUCCGUGCUUACGAUGCGGUGCGCCGUCCUCGCACCCAGGAACUGUGCAGGACAAGCAGGGAGAUGGGCGAGAUGGUCGAGUUCGUCUUGCCGGGUAUCGGAAGCGAUCUGGCCAAGAUGAAGGCUAACCUGGACAUCAGGAUGAAGUGGAUCUGGGAUCUGGACCUACAGGCCGAAGUUCAACGGGGAGUAGAUAUAGCCAAAGACAUACUCACCCACGACCCUACCGGGCCGUGA